ACAAAUUGCCGACAGAUUGAAACAGGCAUUCAAUGAAACGCUUCAAAACAACAGCUGGAUCGACAAUACGACGCGAGCAGCUUUACAGGAAAAGUUGAAAAAUGUGACAAUGAGAAUAGGAUACGAGGACACGCUAUUGAACCGGUCAUCACUCUACGAAUACGUACGACCCUUGCCUUUGAAUAUUUCAUUCACAGAAGCCUUGUACUACAUUCAAAAAGGCUUCAACACAAUGGAAUUGACUAAGUAUCGCUCUCCAGACGAGGGACAAUUAACGUGGGAGCACAGCCCAAGAGAGGCUCGCACGUUUCACGACAGCCUUUCGGAUAAUAUUGAAAUUCCCUACGCACUCUUCGCACCUCCCUUUUUUCAGCAAGGACUUCCACGUUCGUUAAACUAUGGUGGCAUCGGUACGACAAUUGCUCACGAGCUGGCACACAGCUUGACCUACGCAG